AUGGUUUCAUUCAUAACUUUUAUUUUGAACAAAAGUCUAAGUUUAUACACUGUAGAGAAAUAUUGGUCAACAACUGGUCAGUCUGGGCUUUUGGUGUGGAAGUUUGCUUUAAGAAGAUGCACUGAUCAACCACCACCACCAUGGACUUAUGAGGGUGAUGGACAAAGUUUAACAGAGGAAAUAAAGAGCGGUUUUGAUUCUGAUGAAACCACAAGUCAGAUCAGUAGUUCACAAUCUUCUUCUCAGAGUGAUGAAACUACAACACAUGAUGGAAAAGAUGGAAUUCAGAAAAAUAUUAAGAACAAACGACCAGAAGCCCUUGAAGAAAAUGAAGAGGGUGAUGGACAAAGUUUAACAGAGGAAAUAAAGAGCGACUCUGGUUUUGAUUCUGAUGAAACCGCAAAUGGGAAAGAUGAAAUUCAGAAAAAGAUAAAGAGCGAAAGACAAGAAGCCCCUGAAAAAGAGGAAAAGGCCAAACAGGCAUCAGAGGAUUUGAAUGAGCUGAAAACAACUGAUCAAGAUACAAAUGGAAAAUGUGAUCAAAAUGCAACCGAUUCAAAUGUGUAUGUGUCUGAUGCUAAACAAAAUUUAAAAGAUGAACCAAAGAAGAAAACUACAAUGAAAGGAAAUAAGGAAUUGAAGGGAAAAGUUGAAUUAAUGGAAACAGAAUCUAAUGAAAAGGUACUUGAUACUAAAAUGGAGGAUGGAGACAUGAAGAAAACAGGAAAAACUAAGGAGGGAACUAUUGGAACAAAUGAUUCUACAGAGCUUCAAAAGGAGGAAGAAUCUGAAAAUAAAAUUGCUGAGGAGUCUGUGGAAUGUAAAUCAGACCUGACAGAAAAAGUCAAUGAAAUAGAAGCAGCAUAA